AUGAUGCCGCCGACGCCCCUUGCCGCGAUGCUUAUACUCCCCUCGGCGCCCUCGCUGCGACCGCGGCUCGGCCUCGGGCCGUCCUCUAGCCGCGCGCGCGGAGCCGCCCUCCGUGCCCUGCCGCGCCGCCUCGAGCUCUGGCACCCACGCCUCGCCGCCGUAGAGAGCGGGCCUCCUUCCAGCCAAUCUUCUGCCCCGCCGCCUCAGCCUAGCUCGGAAUUGCUGGGCGGCAUCCCAGGACUGGAUGCGGGGUUCGGAGGCGGCGGCGGUGGUGGUGGAGAUGGAGGUGGUGACGCUGAUCUCGGGUGGGUGCGGGCGUUCCCGCACGUGCUCACGGCGUCCAUGGCCAAUUUCCUCUUUGGCUACCACAUUGGGGUCAUGAAUGGUCCGAUAGAGGAUAUUGCACGAGAGCUUGGUUUUCAAGGAAAUCCGUUUCUCCAAGGUCUUGUGGUCAGCAUAUUCAUUGUCGGUGCAUUCUUUGGGAGCUUAGGCUCGUCUGCGCUAGUUGAUUAUUUAGGUUGUAAAAGGACUCUUCAGAUUGAUAGUAUUCCAUUAAUUGUUGGGGCUUUCAUCAGUGCACAGGCACAUUCGUUGGAUGAGAUGCUCCUGGGAAGGUUCCUUGUUGGCAUUGGAAUUGGCGUGAAUACCGUGCUUGUUCCAAUAUACAUCUCUGAGGUUGCUCCAACAAAAUACAGAGGCACUUUGGGUACUCUAUGCCAGAUUGGAACAUGUUUAGGAAUAAUUGCUUCACUUUCCUUGGGGAUACCUUCUGAAAGUGAUCCACAUUGGUGGCGAACAAUGCUUUAUGCAGCAUGUGUGCCUGGUUUUUUCAUUGUUGUUGGAAUGCAAUUCGCCGUUGAGAGUCCACGGUGGCUUGCCAAGGUUGGGAGAUUAGAUGAUGCCAGAAAAGUGGUAGAGAAUAUUUGGGGAGUUUCUGAAGCGGAGAAGGCCAUGGAAGAAAUGAAAUCUGUUGUUGCAAACGACGAUUCACAGGCUAGCUGGUCAGAACUUCUGGCGGAACCCCACAAUAGAGUUGCGUUGAUUGGAGGGUCGCUUUUCUUUCUGCAACAGUUUGCUGGAAUAAAUGGUGUUCUCUAUUUUUCAUCAUUAACAUUCCGUGAUGUUGGUAUUACCAGUGGUAUUUUGGCGAGCUUAUAUGUUGGAAUAACCAACUUUGGAGGGGCACUUGUUGCUUCAAAUUUGAUGGACAAGCAAGGACGGAAGAAUCUUUUGAUAGGGAGCUAUCUUGGAAUGGCAUUUGCUAUGUUCCUCAUAGUGUUUUCCAUCAGCUUUCCCCUUGAUGAAGGCGUUGGACAUACCCUCUCAGUUACCGGAACUCUUUUGUACAUUUUUACUUUUGCUCUUGGUGCUGGGCCAGUCACUGGAAUUAUCAUACCUGAGCUGAGCAGUGCCCGGACACGCUCAAAAGUUAUGGGGUUCAGCUUCACUGUACAUUGGAUAUGUAAUUUUGUGGUGGGACUAUAUUUCCUGGAGCUUGUAAAGUUGUUUGGCGUCGGAGCGGUGUAUGCAGGUUUUGGCGGAGUCUCCUUGCUGUCCGCACUUUUCGCUUACAAUUUCAUAGUAGAGACAAAAGGACGUUCUCUUGAGGAAAUUGAGUUGUCUCUGAGCCCUGCUGCACCUGGAGAACGAAAGUAG